AUGGAAUUGGCAUUUAGUUAUGACACUAGACCUUUGGAUCAAUCUUAUAUUAAUAAUGAAGAUUCUCAUGAUUUAUUAUUUGCUAAUGAUUUUAUUGAAAAACAAGAAGUACGGCAACUUUCCUUUCAGCAACUUUUACUAUCAUGUGACCAGAAAGAAAUUAAAAGUCUUUGGGGCGUUAGCUAUUUAACCUCUUCCGAUACACACCAUUUAGUCAUUUUAUUAGAUAAUGGGAUGUAUAAAUGUUCGUGUAUGUCUCUGAUUAAUCGUGGUACUGUUUGUAGGCAUUAUUUCUGUGUAAUGUUACGAACAUCUCAAGCUCAAUUCCAUAUUGGAUUCCUUAAUCCGCGGUGGUUUGUUGAAACUUCUCCAGAUCUUAGGAGUCGUCCAUUCUGUCCUGCUUCGAAGUUUAAAAUGGAUUUGGUUAUUCCAUAUUUAGAAUCUAAUAAUCCUCCUAAUUUUCUUCAUUCAAUAAAUGAAAAUAUUUUGAAUAGAAAUAAUCCGUAUGUCACUCUUAGUAAGCAAAAGUUAUAUUAUAUGAAUAUUAAAGGUUUGUCUAAACAAACAAGUUGUGUUGCUUGCAAAACUUGUGAUGAAUCUUUUGUUACAUUACUUGAGGAUUAUAUUACCAAGAAAAAUCAUGAAGCAUUGGAGUUGGCGCAACUUGGAUCAUUAAACAAUCGAUCUCAAGAUUUGAUUAAUUUAGAACCUGAUCAGGAAAAUGCUGAACAACUUGGAAAUCCUAUAAUUAGGCGGCCUAAGGGAAGACCUCCGGGAGUUGCAAGGUACAAAAAUCCUUUAGAGGAAUCAUCUAAACCUAAAGAAGGUACCUGUAAAAGAAAAAAUCAACAAAAUAAAUGUAGUUUGUGUAAUAAUGUUGGACAUAAUCGUACAACUUGUCCUUCAAAUCCAAAUGGAAAGAAAAGGAAAACAUCAUUGUAA